AUGGUCCUCGUCGUUACCAUGAGGACACCCUCCUACGUCAACUAUUACGUUUUGUGUCUUGUCUGUUGGAUUCUCCUUGGAAUAACCGGGGUGAGCACAAGAUCGCAUUCCCUAGUGCGAAGAUUCGGCGGCAUAUACCCGGGGCCCUAUUUCGACGAGAAUAGCCCGAAGAAUUGCACCGCUCAAUUGGGAACAAACGCCUUCUUGCCCUGCAAAGUCCGCCAGCUGGGAAACAAGUCGGUAUCAUGGAUCCGACGUAGAGACGCCCACAUUCUGUCAGUAGACAGGAUAAUGUUCAUCGCCGAUGAGAGAUUUCAGACGAUAUACGUCGACGGAUCGGAUACGUGGACACUACAGAUCAAAUAUGUACAGGCGAGAGACGAGGGAGAGUACGAGUGUCAGAUAUCCACCGAACAGAAGAUGAGCCAUGUCGUGUAUCUCAGUGUCAUCGUGCCAAAAAUUGAAAUAUUGGGUGACCGUGAGAGAUUCGUGAGGACUGGGAGCACAGUAGUACUCCACUGUGUGAUAAAUCAGUCUGUCGAGGCACCGUCCUACGUGUUCUGGUAUCACCGGGGCAAAAGGCUCCUGAAUGAUCCGUAUGGUAAACUAGUCAUUCAUCAGCCAACGCCUACCGAGAACGGCUAUGACAGUCAGCUCGUUAUACACAAUGCGAGACUCGAGGACACGGGAAAUUAUACCUGCAGUCCGAGUAAUCUCGACAGUGCCAGUAUCAUCCUUCAUGUUCUCAACGGUGAGCAUCCUGCAGCGAUCCAGAGAGGCAUAAGUGCAGCGCCAGGUGGUUGUCGUGCCCUUUGGUGGCUAGCAGGAUCCGUGAGUCUCUCCUCAAACCAGGGCAGACGGCUCUUUGUUCUCCUCGUUCUCCUAUCAUUGGCCCUUUUCACUUAUCAGAGAUCAAUCCGGCUCGCCUAUACCACACGAUAA